UAUUUUGGUGGCAGCAGCUGAGGCCGGCGGGCGAGGUAAGAUGCGGCUGACCCGGGAGAGAAGCCGCUGCCGGAUUCAGCCCGCGCGGUAGCCCGCCGCCACAUGGGGUUGGCAGCUAUGGCCAAGGACAUCCUCAGUGAAGCGGGGCUGCACUUUGAUGAGCUGGACAAGCUGCACAUGUUGGACCCUGAGGUUACCCAGCAGACCAUAGAACUCAAGGACGAGUACAAGGACUCUGUGGGAAAAAUUGGCCAGUUUCAGAAAAUAGUUGCUGGUUUACUUGAGCUUGUUGACCACCUUGCAAAAGAAGCAAAAAAUGAGAAGAUGAAGGCCACUGGUGCUCAGAACUUGCCCAAAUCUAUAGCAAAACAGAGAGAAGCCCGACAGCAGCAACUGCAAGCGCUGAUAGCAGAAAAGAAAAUGCAGCUUGAAAGGUAUCAGGUUGAAUAGGAAGCUUUGUGUAAAGUAGAAGCAGAACAAAAUGAAUUUAUUGACCAAUUUAUUUUUCAGAAAUGAACUGAAAAUUUCAUUUUAUA